AUGACCACAUCUUCGUCGGCGGCGGCUGCGGCGGCGGCCGCGUCGUACCAGAGGGUAUUGCAGCAGCCGUGGGUGGCGACUCCGGCAGGAGCGGCGUCGGUGGCGCAUGCCGCGGGCGGCGGCAGCACCGGCAAGCUGCGGGCGACUGCGCGUCAUCACCAACACCAACACCAUCACAGCCAUCACCAAGGGGUGCCGCAUUUGCAGCAGUGCAGCUCAGCGGCGGAGCCCGGACCAGAGCACCACGCUGCUCGCCGCGCAGCCUCCACCACCGUGAACGCUCCGUGGGGCCGCGCUCCGAAGAGGGCGAGACACGCACCGGUCCUGCACCAGCAGCAACAGCAGCAGCAGCAGCUGCAACCAGUCGCUGCCUCGGCAGCUGAGGAUGUUGCUACUAGUUGGUCACAUCAACAGCUACAACAACAACAACAACAACAACAGCAGCAGCAACAGCUACAAAACCAUGUGCCACAACAACAUCACCAGAAUCAUCAUCAGGCAAUUACACAUCAACAACAGGCGUGGCUGGCUCAACACCAGCACCAACAACAACAGCAGCACCACCAACAACAACAACCCUUGCAACAACAACCAGUACCAUCAUCCCACCAACAGCCACAAGUGCCCUGCAAAGAAUGUGGAACUGCUUGCAAGCGACGCGACUCCCUGCCGUCUUCCGACACGGAGAGACGAACCCGCAAACAACGUUCACCCAAGAGGCGCAAGAGGAGGCGCCGUACGGUCUCGGAACGAGAUGGAUCAUCUCCCCCUGAUGCUCCAGAGGCCGCCCGACCCGACGAGGCCUCGGAGAACCUACACAACGAUACGAAUGACGACAACAUGACGCCGACUGUGGCUCUGUCGAUGCCUACUCUACGGGCUCGCUCAGGUGCUGCUGAACCAAUGGACUCCACCGUUGCGACUGCCGCCGAGACGUCCUCCGCCCCUACGAUCGAAGUGGAACCUACGACCAUCACAAAGACAGCGCCUUCAAUGGUGUGGAGUGAGGACGUCGAUGAGGACCCGGACCACAAACUGGGGACAGAGUUACCCCAGACGGCAGCAUGGUUACGCCGCUGA